AUGUCGUCACCUGAAGAGAUAGCUACAGAGCAAGCUGCCAAAGCAGUCAUGAGUCUUCAUCAUGACUUGAAUCUUGGAACUUUCAUCUUUGCCGCAGGGACAGACGCCUUAUUAUGUGGAAUCAUGAUUAGUCAGUUCAUCAGUUAUUGGACUUUCUCAUCGGAUGAUAGAAAAUUCAAUACAGCAAUUGUGACGAUCACAACUCUCUCAAGUUUUUGCGCUACAUUAUUCAUCAUUGUUUUGAUGUUCAAACUGUUCGUUUAUAACUUUGGAUUUUACGCUCCUUUCGCAAGUGUGCCUCUCCUCACUUAUAUGUCUGUUUUUGACAUUAUACCUUCAACAGCAACUCAAAUAUUCUUCACUCAUCGAGUAUACAAAUUGACUGGAAGAUCCAAGAUUCUUCUUGGUCUAAUUACCCUUCUGAUCCUCGUAUCACUUACUGGUGCUAUUGGAUUCCCAAUCACUCAAGAACUGUACCAUACCUUUUACAAAAGCGAUCCAGUCAAAGCGAAUGCGCUUUUACAAUCCCAUGUCACUAUGACAUACUUGUGGUUAUCUGGGGCACUUGGUGCGGACGUUUUGAUCACCAGUUCUAUCAUGUUGAGCUUGAUGAGAUCUAGAACAGGGUGGAAAGUUACAGAUAGAACUAUAACGAAGCUUAUUCGUGUCGUGGUUGAAACGCAACUCCCCCCUACCAUCCUACUGAUAGUUUUCUUCGUCUUGAUAUUUGGAUAUAAAGAUACGUACCUCGAUAUCUUUCCACUGUGGACCCAAUCCAAAUUUUACACUUGUGGUGUACUGGCUUCUCUGAAUAGUCGAUAUUCACUUCGUCGCGCUUUGAUGAACAGCUCUUCUCAAGGAAUUACACCUUCGAAACCGCCCAUCAUUCACGUAUUGACUGAAACUUAUAUUCAACAUAGUGAAGCAACUACACUACCAAAUGACUCCUCUCAAGCGAAACCUCGUUAUCUAAAUGAUGAUAAACAAUUCACACCCAAAAGACAGCCUGCCAAAGACCCUUUGGAUUUGGAUCUGGAUUUAGGUUCAGACUUGGAUGACGCUUCGAUCAAGCUCAAUACUUUGCCUACUGUAGAUGAGGUUGAAGGUGAUGGAGAUUCACAACGUAAGAUGGAUUAUUUGGAACAUGGUAGCAAGACUGCUCUGAACGGUCAUCUUCAAUGA